AUGGCUGAUCGGCUGCCUCCACACUCGAAGUUACUCUUUGACGCCAAGUCGACCAAAGGUGUCAACUUCGAGACUAUCGCCAAGCAACUCGGUCGCAGCGAGGUUGCCGUAGCAGGUAUAUUUUAUGGUCAGGUGCAGGCAUCAGACGAAGAUGUCGAGAAGCUAUCAGAGCUGCUAGACGUUGACCGCGCGCAACUGAGCCAGCUCACCAAUUUCCCUGACCGUGGUCGAGCUGGGCCUAUGCCGCCGGUCGAGCCGCUCAUAUAUCGUUUGUACGAAAUUGUGCAGAAUUACGGCUAUGCCUACAAGGCCAUCCUUAACGAGAAGUUCGGCGACGGCAUUAUGAGUGCCAUCUGUUUCAACACCAACGUCGAAAAGGAGAUUGAUGAGGCUGGAAACCCUUGGGUAAUCAUUACGCUGAAGGGCAAAUGGCUGCCCUUCACUCGAUUCUAG